AUGCAGCAACUUGCUCGGACAGCACAAUCCGUCAUUUUCUUUUUGCUGUUUUCUUCUUUUUUAAUUUAUUCAAUCAAUGCCCAGACGACCAUUGAUGGCUUUAUCAAAACAAAGGAUGAAUUGAAAGAUACUACGUUUGACUAUAGUACAAUUUCUAUUCAUUUGAUGAACAACAAGGGCUAUGUAAAGGAAAAGGUUGAAGUAUCACCCGAAUCGGGAUUUUGGCUUCUUCCGAUUUAUGAUGAAGAUGAUAAGAGUAUUUAUACGUUGAGAGCUGUUUCAACCAACAAGGCUCUUUCGAUUGAACCCGAAGGUAUUGAAGGAAAUUUGAAGACUCUUGCUUCCAAGAAGAAUUUAGACUUUUAUAUUGUUGGAUAUAGAAUCACAGCUACGGGCGCCAUCAAAGUUCAACAGUUAGAUUCCGAAUUAUUACUGGACGGAGCACCUGCUGGUAUUCAAGUUACCUUGAAAAAAGGAAAUCAAGUUGAGAGAAAAUCAAUCACAAAACAAGAUGGGUCUCUCUCUUUCGACCAAGUAUUGCCUGGUAAUUAUGAGUUGGUCGCAAGUCAUCCAGAGUUAAUAUUUGCUUCGCCUUCUACUUCCUUGACGGUGAACAAAGAUGGCUCUAUUCAAAUGGGUAAGCCAAUUAUUAUUGGUGGCUUUAAAGCUGUAGGAAAAGUUGUGCUAUCAUCAAGUAUUGAAGGAUCUGAGAGUGACUUACCAAUUGCUGGUGUUACCGUUUAUCUUAAGAAACCUGCUCAAGCUGUGGACAACAGAGAAAUCUCUCUACCUUGUACAAAACCUAGCGAACCAGCAAAAGGUAUUUGUGUCACUACCACUGAUAGCAAUGGUGUGUUUGAAUUCAAGGGAUUACCUGUACUUGUGAAUGGGGAUUAUGUGGUGAGUGCUGAAUACAAAAAAUUCAACAUUGAUCCAUCCGAGAUUAGGUUUAAGCUUUCAACGCCAAAUAAUGUUGUUAUUAAGAGAAGCUUUAGAGUAACUGGUUUUUCUGUGAGAGGUCAAGUUCUUGACGCCAAAGACAAACCAUUAGCAAAGGCCAAGUUGAUAAUCACUAACAAGAAAACGCAAAAAAGAAAAGAAAAAACCACUGACAAUGAAGGAUUCUUUACAUUGGAUGAUUUAAACGGAAACGAAGUCUUGGAUAUUCAGACUGAAUAUAUUGGUUUCACUUUCCCAAAGGUCACUGUAUCCCCUCUUCCAUCAAAAGCCCAAAUAGAUAACAUUAAGCCAACCCAUGUCCAACUUUGCGGAAAUUUGAUCAGUGACACUGCUUUGAGCCAAAAGAGACAAGUUAUUCUUAAGGUUGCAGAUCAAAAGUUACAAACAUCUACAAAGAAUGAUUUCUGCUUUGACGUACCAGUUCAAAAGAAAGCCACUACUACUGCAACAUUGGAAGUUUUGCCUGAAAAUGACCAAUUUAACUAUCAUCCCCAAAUAUUUGAGUUCCACAACGAACCCAUGAAGGGUCUUCAAAUUGCUCAAAAGUUCUUCAAACUUGAUGUUCAUCUUAAAUUGAAGUCAGCAGAAAAGGCAACUGUUAUUCUUUUGAAUAAGGAAAACCGUAAGAUUUCCCAAAAAGAUACUGAUACAACAACUCCAGUUCGCUUUGAAAACUUAUUACCAACGAGAUAUAUUGUUCGUGUUGAACAACAAACCGUGUGUUGGAAAUCAAAUUCUAACGAAGUGAUUGUUGAUCUCAGAGAUAAGGAUCAAGAAAUACUAUUCGAACAAAUUGGAUAUAGCAUUACAGUUAGAUCUUCUCAUGAAGGAGUUAAACUUUCUUCUAAACUCAAAUCAAGCACAGACAAGACAGUUGUAACCUCUUUACAAAAAGGAAUGAAUUCACUUUGUGUACCUACACAUGGUGUGUACGAACUUUCCAUUCAAGAGAGUUGCUUCAAAUUUAAGGAUGGAAAUAACUAUGAAUAUGAUACCGCAUCACCAAAAGUUAUUGACUUGGAGGUCUCUGGAUACUUAAUUAGAGGGCAAAUCAACACACCAUCAAAUGAGAAUGUUAAGGUUCACAUUACCAACCUUGAUGCACCUCAAGAACAAGCCACCGUUACCGCUACAAGAAGUACAAAUACUUUGAUUUACCAAUAUUUCACCUCAACAGCUUCAGAGAGCUCCUUUGAGAUUAAACCGCAAAGUGAUGCUUUGUUAUUCUUCCCACAAAAGAGAGUAUUCAAAAUUACUAAGGAAAUGACCCAGAGUGGUAAAUGUAUUCCUGAAAUUCCUUCAUUUGAUGGAAAAGAGGGAAGAUACAUUUCCGGUAGUGUUUCUCCAAGAAUUAAGGGAGUCAAAAUUUCAGUCAACUCUGGAGAACGUGUGACUUUAACAGACGACAAUGGUUCUUUCAAAAUUGGACCUCUCUAUGACGAUGCUGAAUAUAAAUUAGAAGCAGAGCUUGAAGGUUACUCAUUUGAGGCAAUUGAGGGCAACAGCUUUAAAGCACACAAACUGGCAUCCAUUACUGUAACCACCCAACUUGGGGGUGUUUUGAUUUCUAUUGUAUCAAGCAAACACAGAAGUAAUACUAUUGUUCCAGCUGAAGGAAAGAUUAUAAUUCGUAACUUGUUGCCUGACAAAUACUUUAUCAAAGCCACUCUCAAAGAAUACGAAUUUGAACCAAGCUCAAAGUAUCUCGAAUUAGGACAAGGAAAGGAUGAAGAAGUUGCCUUUACCUAUAAAAAGACGGGAUUUUCUGCAUUUGGUAGUGUCAAGUCGAUUGGAAAUGAGCCUGAACCAGGUGUGACCAUACAAGCAAUUUCUAAAGAUUCUGGAGAAUAUGAAGAAGCUACCACUGACCAAAAAGGAGAAUUCAGAUUACGUGGAUUGAAACCAAACAUCAGAUACUACAUUACUGUUGGAAAUUCUCAACAUAACAUUGAAAGGUCUUCACCAAAACAAAUUGUGAUUCAAAAGGAAUCUAACAAUGAUGUUUUUGGAAAUGAUUUCAUCAUUUUCAAGCAAACUACUCUGCAAUUUUCUGGAGAAGUCUCUCUUUCUGGCGACAUUUCUGGCCAAGAGAAUAUCACAGUUGAAAUUGAUUUAUUGUCAAGCUCCAAUGCCAAACAAUUCAAGAUUAUCUCAUCCCAAAAGCUUCCUCUCACCAAUUUCUUCCAUUUCAUCCUUCCCAUGGAGAACUAUUUACGUGAGGACAAUACCAAAUUCUACGUAAGAUUGACAUCUUCUGGAAAAACAGGAAAGCUUAACACUGUCACACAUUCGAUCGUAGGUGUAAAGAAUAUUAAGGAGCAAAAUGCAUUGGAAGAAAAUCAAAAGGACAAAUCUUCGAUUAUUGGAAGUGCUUCACUCGGAUCUGAUAUUCAAGUUGAAACUCUCUCUGCCACCAAAUAUCACUCUCUGAUUAACUUCCCUUUGAAGCCAGCUGAGCAAUCUAGAUCACAAACAGGAACCCAUGAUCAUAUUGACCAAAAGCCACUAUUUGCGCUGGUUUUCAUACUCUUAAUUAUUGCUGUUUAUAGAUAUCGAUCGACCAUCGAAGGGCUGUUGCGAAAGUAG